AAAUGAUAGUUUAAAAGAAAAUAGGUCAGUAUCGACGUAGUCUCGUUUGAGAAACACUUACUUUCGUCGUGACUAAGUAGCUGACGGAAGCUGGGCACGGGUGUGUUGUUAGGGUUCAAUCCGUCAAAUUAUUUCCUCGAGGAUGCUACCCGGAGGCACAGCGUCCUGCUAUCCCGUAGGGGUGGCGAUUCUCGGCGCCGGUGCCGUGCUGAACGUGGUGGGGGUUGCCACCCCAGAGUGGGUGGUCAGCCCCACGUCUCACCAGGGACUGUGGAAAUGGUGUCAGCAGGGCACAUGUUAUGACAUCCCGGAAAACUCAAAAUCAGGUCAGUGAAGAUGUCCUUUAUCAUGAAAAAACAAUAAUAAUAAUUGAUUUAACAAAUUAUUUCGAUUUAAGAUUUUAAUUUUAUUAUUUUAAAUUUUUGUUAACCCUGUUUCACAAUACGUGAUAUACAGGAUUAGAGAUGAUAAAUAUUUAUAAAAAGAGAACAAUGGCUUAGAUAAAUGAAUGAAUCAAUUCACUAGCCUUCAGGUCAUAUAAAAUCAUAAGUAAAUAGGUACUAGGGCAAUGGUCGGCAAACUCAUUAGUCAAGAGAGCCAAAAAUCAGCAGCAGGACGAUUAAAACUUUGCUGAGAGCCAAAUUUAUUUUCUAGAACCUGUCAAGAACUAUGUUUUACCGAGUCAAGACCGAUUGGUGGCCGAAUGUCCGAGCCGCACUCAGGUCGCUAAAGAGCCGCAUGCUGCUCGCGAACCGCGAUUUGCCGACCACUGUACUAAUGUAAUAUAAAAUUGUGUGGAGGGGGGGGGGACGUUCUCCCUUGUCUUAUACUGUCUGCGCCAAAAGUAACAACGCUGAAUCGGUCGCCGCUUGAACGCAUAGGUGCGUUUGUCACCGGUGCAGAUCUCACGCCAACUCGUGUUACGUGAUGUGCCAAGGAAUUUGUUUUGGGCAGCAGAUCUUGUUGUUGUUGGAAAUGGGUAUCUGUACGGAGGGGAAAAAAAGAAUUAUAUUUAAACACCAUGUUUGCUCGUACGUAACGGAUUAAGUGAUUGUUAAAGGAGAUCCUUUUGAGAAAAAAAGAUGUCAGAAUAAGUCCAAAUAGAGCUUUUAAAAGACAGCAUAACGUAUCGCAGUUGUGGUGUCUAGUUCGCCGUUAUGAAAGAGUGUUGUGUCAAUGGAAGAAGUGUAGAGGUUAAGGGAAAAAGGGGGGGGGGGUUGUCUUAAAAACAAAUGUCAGAAUAAAUCUAACAAACCACAUCAGGUAUGGCAAUUACUGUGUCUAGUGUUAAGAACAUUCGCCGUUACGAAAGUGUAUUGUGUCAAUGGUCGACCAGUAAGGGGGGGGGGGUUGUCUUAAAAACAAAUGUCAGAAUAAAUCUAACAGACCACAUCAGGUAUUGCAAUUACUGUGUCUAGUGUUAAGAACAUUCGCCGUUACGAAAGUGUAUUGUGUCAAUGGUCGACCAGCAAUUUUAUAAUGACAAUCAGGUCCGUUUGUCUAAAACAGCGGUUCUCAACUUGUUUGUUCACGAAACCUUUUGAAAAUAAAAAGGGAAGAGGGGGGGGGGGUGGUUCGAACGACCAUGACACAGGGGGUCGCCUAAGAUCAUUGGAAAACAUAUAUUUAAGAAGUAGCGACGAAAAUAAUUUUACGGUUGGUUGGUCCCCCACAACACGAGGAACUGAAUGAAAGGAUCGCGACAUGUAGGAAGGAUGAGAACCACUGCUCUAGAACGUGCCAUGUUCGCACCCGCCAAGUCUAAGGGGGAACACCUUUCAAACUUAACAUAUUAUGUAUAAGCAUGUAGCAAAAGACAUAUGUUCGCCGAUUUUUUAAGAAAAUAUGUACAUUUUAAUACGGAAGACUAUUCGGCCAACGCCUUAAAUAGUAGGAACAAGAUCUGUGAGCCAGUAUGAUGUAUUGUGGAGAUCUCUGGCGAUGGUGUAAGAGGGUCCCGUUUUAUAGGAACGCACUAAAGCUUAGAAGGUCACAUUCAAUAGAAGUUGAUAAAGUUUACCCUAUUAUUAUUAUUAUUUUUUUUUUUUUUUUAAUCAAUGUCGGAAAUAUUAUUUAGCUUUUUUUUUUUCAAAGACGGCACAAUUGACAUCACCAUUGACGUCACCAUUAACGUUUAUAAAGUUUUCCCUAUUAUUAUUAUUAUUUUUUUUUUUUUUUUAAUCAAUGUCGGAAAUAUCAUUUAGCUUUUUUUUUUUCAAAGACGGCACAAUUGACAUCACCAUUGACGUCACCAUUAACGUUCCACUGACGUUCACUAUCGUUUGAAUGAAAAUCUCUCUCAAAUCUGAAUAUUUGUUCUCCGUACAGUUAGAACCAUUUCUAACAAAAACUGCUCGACGGGACUUUAUUACUAACAGACCUACAGCCCCACAAUUUCAGCAUGGUUGGUUACCUGUCCUUUUUUCCCCCAAAACAUUAUUUAAAUACAUUAUUACAAAUACUUACAUUUUAUUGUGGGUAAAAAUAUUAUUUCACACCAUUUGAAAAAAAAAAUAUUUAAAUAUUUUAAACCUUUUCUCAGAUGUUUUCAAAGUGUGCGAAACUUUCGCUAUCUUGGGUGUGAUAGCCAGCGGAGCCGCCUUCGUGUCGGCGCUCCUGUAUCUGGUUCUGCCCAUGCUGAACAAGAGUUCCCAUAAAAUACUUAAUGUCAUGGCCUUACUUUUGGGAUUCGCUGGCGGUAAGAGGUUGUCAGUGUCAAUGUCAUUACAUUCUAGUAUCUAGAAACCAUACCAUUACAUAUGACAAUCAUAUGCUAGAUGACAGCGACAUACUAGAUGACAAUGACAUAUUAGAGUGGGCCACCAUAAUAUCCUGAAUUAAAAUGGCAUACUAGAGGACAAUGGCAUUCCGGAUGACCAUGACAUCCUGCCUGACAAUGACAUCCUAACUGACAAUGAUAUCUUGGAUGACAAUGACAUUCUGGCUGAUAAUGACAUCUUGGGUUCCAGUGAAAUCCUGGAUGACAGUGACAUCCUGGAUGACAAUGACAUUCUGGAGGAUAAUGACAUUCUGGAUGCCAAUGACAUUAUGGAUGCCAAUGACAUUAUGGAUGGCACUGACAUGCUAGACGACCAUAAAAUAAAAAUUAUACACUGACUCGAACAAAUUUAAAACCUAGGCAGACUUUAAAAAAAAAUUAAGGUCGAUGCAAACAGGUACUGUUUAGUUUGAUAGACAGGUACCGUGUAGUUUGAUAGACAGACAUGUGCUGUGUAGUUUGAUAGACAGACAGGUGCUGUGUAGUUUGAUAGACAGACAUGUGCUGUGUAGUUUGAUAGACAGACAGGUGCUGUGUAGUUUGAUAGACAGACAUGUGCUGUGUAGUUUGAUAGACAGACAGGUACCAUGUAGUUUGAUAGACAGACAUGUGCUGUGUAGUUUGAUAGACAUACAGGUGCUGUGUAGUUUGAUAGACAGACAGGUACUGUUUAGUUUGAUAGACAGACAGGUACCGUGUAGUUUGAUAGACAGACAUGUGCUGUGUAGUUUGAUAGACAGGCAGGUACUGUGUAGUUUGAUAGACAGACAGGUACUGUGUAGUUUGAUAUACAGACAGGUGCUGUGUAGUUUGAUAGACAGACAGGUACUGUGUAGUUUGAUAGACAGACAGGUACUGUGUAGUUUGAUAGACAGGUACCCACUAUGCCACUAAUUAAACCUGCACCUUUUUCUUCUCCCGACAGCUGUCUUCAUCGUCAUCUGCCUAAGUACCUGGGCGGCCAAGGUCAGGCCGGACCUCACUGAAGCCGACACUGACCUGGGGUACUCGUUCUUCCUCAGCGUGGCCGGGCUGUGCCUCGUCGCCAUAGGCAGCCCUUUUGUAUUCUUCCAGGGGCGGCGAUUCGGUUCAUACAGUUUGAUUGGAGACUAGCCAAAACUGUUGUGCGAACACACCGGAGAGACCCCACCCCACACCCCACCCACCAACUACACAUACACACGCACGCUUUAAGGCCGUGACGUCACCAGCGACGUAAUGCUUUUAAAACCCCUGAGUAAUGGCACAUGCGUAGAGACCGGUUUCAAUAACACUAACACGGUCAAAUUAUUAUGAAUGCAUGUCAGUUAUUUUUUCUGCUUGGAUUAUUGUAAAAAAAAAACACAAUUUUUUUCUUUCGAAAAAUGAAUGAAAAAUAAGUAAAUAAAUGUUGAGAGAUCUGUUGGUAUGAAUUUUGCUGGUUAAUAUAGUAUACUCCUGUCCGUAGACAUUCCCAAUAGUUCACAUUUUGUAAGUAGAGACGGUCUAUCGUUAUUCAUAAUAUACAUUCUGCCCGUACACAUCCUGUUGGUAUACAUUUUGCCGGUAUGCAUGCUGUCGGUAUUCUGUGGGUGCACAUUCGGUUUGUAAACAUUUCGUCGGUAUACAUGAUGUCGGUAUAUAGUAUGUUGGUACACAUUCUGUUAGCAUACAUUUUGCCGGUUUGCAUGCUGUCGGUACAUUUUCGGUGGGUACAAAUUCUGGCUUUAUGAAGUCAGCGAUUACUGUCGAAUUCUUCACAAAACAACAGCUGCUUCACACAACACAUAAAGUUUAUCCCUUUAUCUGUUGUAUGAAUGGUUAACAAUCUCUCAUGGGGGGGGGGGGGACGGGGACGUUCUCCCUUGUCUUAUACUGUAUGCGCCAAAAGUAACAACGCUGAAUCGGUCGCCGCUUGAACGCAUAGGUGCGUUUGUCACCGGUACAGAUCUCACGCCAACUCGUGUUACGUGAUGUGCCAAGGAAUUUGUUUUGGGCAGCAGAUCUUGUUGUUGUUGGAAAUGGGUAUCUGUACGGAGGGGAAAAAAAGAAUCAUAUUUAAACACCAUGUUUGCUCGUACGUAACGGAUUAAGUGAUUGUUAAAGGAGAUCCUUUUGAGAAAAAAAAGUGUCAGAAUAAGUCCAAACAGAGCUUUUAAAAGACGCCAUAACGUAUCGCAGUUGUGGUGUCUAGUUCGCCGUUAUGAAAGAGUAUUGUUUCAAUGGAAGAAGUGUAGAGGUUAAGGGGAGGGGGAGCCUUAAAAACAAAUGUCAGAAUAAAUCUAACAGACCUUUAAAUGAGACCACAUCAGGUAUUGCAAUUACGGUGUCUAGUGUUAAGAAAAUUCGCCGUUACGAAAGUGUAUUGUGUCAAUGGUCGACCAGCAAUUUUUUUUAUAAUGACAAUCAGGUCCUUUUCUCUAAAACAGCGGUUCUCAACUUGUUUGUUCGCAAAACCUUUUGAAAAUAAAAAGGGGGAGGGGGGGGGUUCGAACGACCAUGACACAGGGGGUCGCCUAAGACCUUUGGAAAACAUUUAAGAAGGAGCGACGAAAAUAGUUUUACGGUUGGUUGGUCCCCCCACAACACGAGGAACUGUAUGAAAGGAUCGCGACAUGUAGGAAGGAUGAGAAUCACUGCUCUAGAACCUGCCGUGUUCGCACCCGCCAAGUCUAAAGGGGAACACCUUUCAAACUUAACAUAUUAUGUAUAAGCAUGUAGCAAAUGACAUAUGUUCGCCGAUUUUUUAAGAACACAUGUACAUUUUAAUACGGAAGACUAUUCGGCCAACACCUUAAAUAGUAGGAACAAGAUCUGUGAGCCAGUAUGAUGUAUUGUGGAGAUCUCUGGCGAUGGUGUAAGAGGGUCCCGUUUUGUAGGAACGCACUAAAGCUCAGAAGGUCACAUUCAAUAGUAGUUGAUAAAGUUUACCCUAUUAUUAUUAUUUUAUUAAUUUUUUUUUAAUCAAUGUCGGAAAUAUUAUUCAGCCUUUUUUUUUCAAAGACGGCCCAAUUGACGUCACCAUUGACGUCACCAUUGAGUCACCAUUAAUGUUCCACUGACGUUCACAAAUGUUUGAAUGAAAAUCUCUCUCAAAUCUGAAUAUUUGUUCUCCGUACAGAGAGAACCAUUUCUAACAACAACUGCUCAAGAAAUGCUCGUGUUCAUGGUCACGUGGCACGGCUGGACCUAUGGACAUGAGACAAACGCAGGUGGGCGUUCAAGAUGCUGGAGUUUUGGCGCGUGCUAGAUUUUUUUUUUUAUAUGUAACUUACGUUUUUACGUAAGCCGUUGUUACGUUGUAAAAAAAAUCGCUAAAAUCUCAUAUAAUACCGAGUUAAUUUUUAAUAACUUUAAAAGAAAAAUAUUUAGUAACUUUAUUUGUGUUUAUUUCGUCUUAUUUCUCCUUUAUGAAUUAAACAAAAAUAUAGAAAAGUCACAUUUCAAAAAAAAAAAAAAAUCAAUUUAACUUUGUUUUUUCUUCACGAGACUUUAUUACUAUCAGACCUACAGACCCACAAUUUCAUCAUGGUUGAUUACCUGUACUUUUUUCCAAAACAUUAUUUAAAUACAAUAUUACAAAUACUUACAUUUUAUUGUGAGUAAAAAUAUUAUUUCACACCAUUUGAAAAAAAAAAAAGUAUAAAUAUUUGAAACCUUUUCUCAGAUGUUUUCAAAGUGUGCGAAACUUUCGCUAUUUUGGGCGUGAUAGCCAGCGGAGCCGCCUUCGUGUCGGCGCUCCUGUUUCUGGUUCUGCCCAUGCUGAACAAGAGUUCCCAUAAAAUACUUAAUGUCAUGGCCUUAAUUUUGGGAUUCGCUGGCGGUAAGAGGUUGUCAGUGUCAAUGUCAUUACAUUCUAGUAUCUAGAAAACCGUACCAUUACAUAUGACAAUCAUAUGCUAGAUGACAGCGACAUACUAGAUGAAAUGACAUAUUAGAGUAGGCGACCAUAAUAUUCUGAAUUAAAAUGGCAUACUAGAGGACAAUGGCAUUCCGGAUGACCAUGACAUCCUGGCUGACAAUGACAUCCCAACUGACAAUGAUAUCUUGGAUGACAAUGACAUUCUGGCUGAUAAUGACAUCCUGGAUGACAGUGACAUCCUGGAUGACAGUGACAUCCUGGAGGAUAAUGACAUUCUGGAUGACAAUAACAUUAUGGAUGCCAAUGACAUUAUGGAUGGCACUGACAUGCUAGACGACCAUAAAAUAAAAAUCACACACUGACUCGAACAAAUUUAAAACCUAGGCAGACUUUUAAAAAAAAAAAGGUCUAUGCAAACAGGUACUGUGUAGUUUAAUAGACAGACAGGUGCUGUGUAGUUUGAUUGACAGACAGGUACUGUGUAGUUUGAUAGACAGACAGGUACUGUGUAGUUUGAUAGACAGACAGGUGCUGUGUAGUUUGAUAGACAGACAGGUACUGUGUAGUUUGAUAGACAGACAGGUACUGUGUAGUUUGAUAGACAGACAGGUACUGUGUAGUUUGAUAGACAGGUACCCACUAUGCCACUAAUUAAACCUGCACCUUUUUCUUCUCCCGACAGCUGUCUUCAUCGUCAUCUGCUUAAGUACCUGGGCGGCCAAGGUCAGGCCGGACCUCACUGAAGCCGACACUGACCUGGGGUACUCGUUCUUCCUCAGCGUGGCCGGGCUGUGCCUCGUCGCCCUAGGCGGCCCUUUUGUCUUCUUCCAGGGGCGGCGAUUCGGUUCAUACAGUUUGAUUGGAGACUAACCAAAACUGUUGUGCGAACACACCGGAGAAACCCCACCCCCACCCCACCCACCAACUACACAUACACACGCACGCUUUAAGGCCGUGACGUCACCAGCGACGUAAUGCUUUUAAAACCCCUGAGCAAUGGCACAUGCGUAGAGACCGGUUUCAAUAACACUAACACGGUCAAAUUAUUAUGAAUGCAUGUCAGUUAUUUUUUCUGCUUGGAUUAUUGUAAAAAAAACAAUUUUUUUUCUUUCGAAAAAUGAAUGAAAAAUAAGUAAAUAAAUGUUGAGAGAUCUGUUGUUAUGCAUUUUGUUGGUUAAUAUUUUUGUCAGUAUACUCCUGUCCGUAGACAUUUCCAAUAGUUCACAUUCUGUAAGUAAGAGACGUUCUAUCGUUAUUCAUAAUUUUAGUAUAUACAUUCUGCCCGUACACAUCCUGUUGGUAUAUAUUUUGCCGGUAUGCAUGCUGUCGGUAUAUACUCCGUGGAUGCACAUUCUGUUAGUAUACAUUUUGUCGGUAUACAUGAUGUCGGUAUAUAGUAUGAUGUUGGUACACAUUCUGUUAGCAUACAUUUUGCCGGUUUGCAUGCUGUCGGUAUAUUUUCUGUGGGUACAAAUUCUGGCUUUAUGAAGUCAGCGAUUACUGUCGAAUUCUUCACAAAACAACAGCUGCUUCACACAACACAUAAAGUUUAUCCCUUUAUCUGUUGUAUGAAUGGUUAACAAUCUCUCACAUAUAUUUUCUGUCACUCAAAAUCUUUGAACAAACAUUGUCUUUGAGGAUACACAUGCACACAAUUAAAGAUUAUUAUGUAUAUAUGUGGUCGAAUUUAGAUAUAACGUUGUAAAUUGUGUAUGUUUACAAGUUACUUUUGUUAAUUACAUAAAAGAGUUUGAUUCCGGUCCCAGCUUUAUAUGGAAUAAACUUUAUUUUUAUUAUAAAUAUUAAAUGUCUUGC